AUGACCAAAAUAAAAGCUCCCAAGAGGCCAUGGGGCCAUAGCUGGCGCUCUUCGUCAAUUUUCAAUAUUGUGAGCAUCAUCACAGCGCUUUUUGCGGAAACAUUCGUCCAUGGUUUUGUCGUUCCAAUUCUUCCAUACAUCCUCGAGAAACGUAACAAUGUUGACCCGGCGGAUACUCAACAGUUGACUUACUUAGUUCUCAGCGCAUAUGGUGCGGCUGCAGUUGCCUCAGGACCUGUCAUCGAACAGUUGACCGAUCGAAUCAAGUCCCGAAAAAUCAUUCUGGUGCUCGGGUUGGGAGUCGCGCUCAUUGGGACAGCUACUCUUGCCACCUCCACGAAUGGUCGAACCCUUCAAGCGGUGGGUAGCACGACGGCACAGGUUGUCGGGCAUGCAACACUAAACGAUAUGAUUGAGCCCAAGAAUAUGGGUAUGGUAUUGGGGUUGGUGAACACCUUUAUCAGCGUGGGUGCGUUUUCUGGCCCUGCAGUCGCGGGUUUCAUGCUGGAAUACGUUGGGUACUGGGCUACCUGGUCGACGGUACUGGCCGUGCUUGUGCUAGAUAUUGUGUUGAAGAUUUUGAUGAUUGAAAAGCCAAAGAAGAAUAAUGAACCUGCCCGAGUCUUCGAUGAGGAGAGCAGGGUCACCAGCGCACAGCCUGAAGGGGAAAACGAAAACAGCGCCCUACUCGGCGGUACUCCCGCGAAAUCGUACACCUCCAUAAAAGGAGUUAGCGACAUCCAGACAGGCGCCAUGUCUAUGCUCUCCUUCUACCGAAUAAUUCUCACCCAGCCUAUGGUGAUUAUUGGACUGGUGUCUUAUAUGACACGUUCCUCUCUGAUGGCCAGUUUUAACACAACUCUCCCAACUCAUGUGCGGGAUGCAUUCGGCUGGGGUAGUUUCCCUGCCGGUAUGAUGUUUGUCGGGCUUCAAGCGCCGGCCAUCGUCCUAAAUCCUCUUUUCGGGUGGAUCCGAAAUAGGACAGGCAACCAGCUACUUAGUGGAGUAGGCUUUAUUCUGCUGGCUCCGCUAUUAUGGCUUCUUGGGGAGGUAGAUCAAAAGUGGUUCCCAUGGUCUGGUUCCGAAGAUAUGACCAAGGUUGUAUAUGUUGUCGUGAUUAUCUGUAUAGGAUGUGUUCAGACCCUCCCAGCUAGUGUUGGUGCAACGGAAAUAACGUCGAUAAUCGAAAAUCUUGAGUCACAGCUGCCAGGAAUAUUUGGGUCUGGGGGUGGCCACUCGCGCGGCCAUGCACUUUCCAACGGGAGCUUCAAUGUAGGACAACUCGUUGGGCCACUUUUGUCUGGGGUUUUGGCCGAUAACUUGGGAUAUGACCGCAUGAAUUCAACUCUGUGCGCCAUUUGCUUCGUCACGUCGAUCCUAGCGAUUUGCUUCAGGGAGAAGAAAUGA